AUGCACAGGUCAGGUCGGCUUCGCCUGAGGCCGUGGCUUGAGGAGCAGAUUGAGUCUGGGAAAUACCCAGGAGUCACAUGGCUGGACCAGUCAGCCCAGAUCUUCCAGAUCCCCUGGAGACACGCUGCUCGUCAUGGCUGGAGUAUCGACCAGGACGCCACGCUGUUCAGGAGCUGGGCCAUGCACACUGGGCGCUACCGGCUAGGCAGGGACAAACCUGACCCCAAGACGUGGAAGGCUAACUUCCGCUGUGCGCUCAACUCCCUGACUGACGUAUGCGAGCUGCAGGACCGCAGCCGCAAAAGAGGACACCUCGCAUCGAGGGUGUACCGCAUGCUGCCGCCCACGACGCCGCAGACCACUCCGCCUCGCACUCGUAUGCACAACACAGGUCGGACAGACAGGUUUAUGCAACAGAUUUAUCAUUACGGAUUCAUGGUCAACCUGUCCGUCUCCAUGGAUGAAGGCAUCUGCUACAUCAUGUCAAUGUUAAUACAGAUGGUGUAUGAGGAGGAUAACCACUGGGGAUCGAACCCAGCCUACCUUUUUUCUAGGUGGACCCAGUUGCCUGUUGGAUAUAGAACAGGACGUACAUUUGUGGCAGCCAGAAGCACCAAUGAGACACAGGCUGUCCAACCUACGCCCGCCUCCCCGUCGUCCUCCACCAAUCCAAACCCAGCCGAGAGGAACACCUCUGCCCUGGAGCUGUGGGGGGGAAGGAACGACCAGCAGGAGCAGACCGAAGCAGUGUUUAAGCUGAUGGACCAUUUCAACAGCACUGAACUCUGGGACCAAACAGGAGAGCAGAACGGGUGGAGAGCUUACACACAGAGAAACCACUGGCACUGUGACAGUGAGGACUUUCUCCAAACCCACUACUCAGAUAUCUAUCCAUGCUGGACUGAAUCCAGCAACUCUAUUGGACAACAACACUGUGACAAGGCAGUGGGCACUGAUUGGUCCACACCACAAUAAGAAGUGUGUCUCUAUCCACUGUUUAACCCUGACCGACUGGAUAAAUGUGCUAUAGAUAUGAUUUAAGAAACAAUAAUAGUGAGGGAAAUGCGCUUGCCGCUGUAUGAGAACAUUUUGAUUUUAAAUGUGCUUAUUUAUUUAACUUUUACUCUUUAUAACUCUUGAACCUUACCUACCCUAAUACCUGUCUCUGUAUCAACUUCUUAACCCCAACUGCUCCUUCAUUAACCAUCACUGUAAACCACUUUGGGUGGAAGGUUUCUGCUUUCUUAUUUGGUUGUCAGUGUGAGUUGAACAACCAAACAAGGAGAGAGAAAGAGAACUAGAGAGAGAGCCAAAGAGAGGUAGAGCGAGAGAGAAACAGAGUGUGAGGAGAACCCGACCCCAGGGCGUAUGGUUGAGCUACAGAGGUCCUGUUCCAAGCUUUGUUGUUAGCUGAAGCAAUCUGGUUCACUGGCUCCCACACAGAGAGACAUGCCCGUGCAUGAGCUGCUGGUGCAGGCUAUUGCUGAGUUAACCACUUGCCAUAACUAGCCCUUAUGUAUGGGGGGGUCAUGAAUGUCUGAUCCUUGUAAGGGGAAAAAGAGGAAGUUUCUUAAUACAAAUGUAAAGGCGUUUAAUUGUCAUUGAGUGCUACUACCGUACUGUACUACCGGAAAUAAACUCUGAGCUAACUGUACAUUGUGUGUUGCGAAAGGAAGAUGUUCCUGAAUAAGAGCAAGAUAAAGGACUUUUUCGAGAACAGCAUGUAGUACUUUAUAAGUCGAUGAAAGUAAUUUCUUAUUGGCCCCAAGUGAAACCUUUUCCAAACAUGAAUAAAGGUUUAUUUGAUGGCAUGACUGCAUGGGGCCUUUUAACCUUGAGAUUU